AUGAAUGAAGAAACUAUAGAUGGAGCAAAUGGAUGCAACAAAGUACGGACUGGUACUCAGAAUGAAGCAGCAUUACUUGCUUUGAUGGAAAAGACUGGAUACAACAUGGUUCAAGAAAAUGGGCAAAGGAAGUUUGGUGGCCCACCUCCAGGUUGGGAAGGUCCACCCCCACCUCGAGGCUGUGAAGUUUUUGUAGGAAAAAUACCUCGUGAUAUGUAUGAAGAUGAGUUAGUUCCUGUAUUUGAAAGAGCUGGGAAAAUAUAUGAAUUUCGACUUAUGAUGGAAUUUAGUGGUGAAAAUCGAGGUUAUGCUUUUGUGAUGUAUACUACAAAAGAAGAAGCCCAGUUAGCCAUUAGAAUUCUUAAUAAUUAUGAAAUUCGACCAGGGAAAUUUAUUGGUGUGUGUGUAAGCUUGGAUAAUUGCAGAUUAUUUAUUGGAGCUAUUCCGAAAGAAAAGAAGAAAGAGGAAAUCUUGGAUGAAAUGAAGAAAGUUACAGAAGGAGUUGUAGAUGUCAUUGUUUACCCAAGUGCAACUGAUAAGACCAAAAAUCGUGGUUUUGCAUUUGUGGAAUAUGAAUCUCACAGAGCUGCUGCUAUGGCUAGGAGAAAACUAAUUCCAGGAACCUUCCAACUGUGGGGCCAUACCAUUCAGGUAGAUUGGGCUGACCCAGAGAAAGAGGUUGAUGAGGAAACCAUGCAGAGAGUUAAAGUUCUCUAUGUACGAAAUUUAAUGAUCUCAACUACUGAGGAAACAAUUAAAGCAGAAUUCAAUAAAUUCAAACCUGGUACAGUUGAGCGAGUAAAGAAACUUAGAGAUUAUGCUUUUGUUCACUUUUUCAACCGAGAAGAUGCAGUGGCUGCCAUGUCAGUAAUGAAUGGAAAAUGCAUUGAUGGAGCAAGUAUUGAGGUAACACUGGCAAAACCUGUGAAUAAAGAAAACACUUGGAGACAGAAUCUUAAUGGUCAGAUUAGCCCCAAUUCUGAAAACCUGAUUGUGUUUGCUAACAAAGAAGAGAGUCACCCCAAAAUUCUAGGCAAACCGCCAACUCUUCCAGCUCGUCUUAAUGGCCAGCAUAGCCCAAGCCCCCCUGAAAUUGAAAGAUGCACUUACCCUUUUUUUCCUGGAACAAAGCUUACUCCAAUUAGUAUGUAUUCUUUAAAAUCCAAUCAUUUCAAUUCUGCAGUAAUGCAUUUGGAUUAUUACUGCAACAAAAAUAAUUGGGCACCACCAGAAUAUUAUUUAUAUUCAACAACAAGUCAAGAUGGGAAAGUACUCUUGGUAUAUAAAAUUGUUAUUCCUGCUAUUGCAAAUGGAUCCCAGAGUUACUUUAUGCCAGACAAACUCUGUACUACAUUAGAAGAUGCAAAGGAACUGGCAGCCCAGUUUACAUUACUUCAUUUGGACUACAGUUUCCAUCGCAGCUCAAUAAAUAGUCUUUCCCCUGUUAGUGCUACCCUCUCUUCUGGGACUCCCAGCGUGCUUCCUUAUACUUCAAGGCCUUACUCUUAUCCAAGCUAUUCCUUGUCAUCAACGAUACCUCUUGCUAAUGGCAGCCAUGUUGGACAGCGACUAUAUAUCUCCAAUCAGGCCUCAUUCUUCUGA